AUGACCAGCUCCUUCAUGCUCUACCGAGCCCUGUCCCUUCUCACUGACUCCUCCUCCCCUAUUGUCGUUGUCGUUUCUGAGUCCAUGGCCCCGGCAUUUCAUCGGGGAGACAUCCUAUUCCUCUGGAAUCGGACGCCCGUGAUCAGCGCGGGCGACAUCCCUGUGGUGUGGUUUAAAGGUCGUGAGUUGCCCAUGGUGCAUCGUGCCAUUCGCGUGCACUGGAAACAGCAGCUUGGAAGUGAGAAGUUCGUUCAGCAUGUCCUGACAAAGGGUGAUAACAAUCAAGUCGAUGAUGUGUCGCUUUAUCCGCCUGGGAGGCAGACGGUUCUACGGGAUGAGGUCGUGGGCCUUAACGAAACUGCCAUCUCUCCAUAG